UGAACAAUAGCGUUUCAUUCGUCUACGCUGCGCAGGUUCCGUGCCCGGAUUUUAACUUUAGCGGAACCUGCAGGGGACAAACCCGGAGAGUUUCUCAAAGCAGCAACUCUUGCGAGAGACCUUCGGGGCAGAGAGCGACGGGUCCCCCCCCGCCGCCCCCCGCCCAUCUCCAGGGCACUUCGAUUGUAAUAAAAUGGAAAAAAGAGAUUUCUCCUGCAAGGCGGAGCACACCAAGAAUCGCGCCCAUGAAUUGCCCCGCGCGCUCCCGUUUAAGCCGCCGCGAACAACAGCCCCUCCCGGCGCCGAGCAUCGUUUCCCCGGGGGAGCCUCGAGCGCCCGCCGAGGGUCCUGCAGGAACCGGCUUUGCGAGACGGGCGAGAAACGGCGGCGGCCCCAACGGCGGCUGGGGGAAGGCGCCCACCGGCCUCGGGCUCCCGGCUUUCCUUGACUUUCCUCCUAGAGAGCCCCAGCCGGCCACGGACCGAAGCGGGCGGCUGGGCGAUCCGUCCGGAGGGCGCCGCGUUGGGGACGCCGCUGGGUCCCGCCUAGAAGCAACCUCCAGAGCAGCCGGGAGGAGGCGCCGGCACGCAGCUGGGCAGCGCCCGAGACAAACAUGGCGACUCCGUGGCCGGCCCCUCCCUCCAACCUGCGCACUGGAAAGACCCGCCCCUUGCUCCGCGGCCGCCCGGGAGAGGGCUGUUCCCGGAGUCACAUGACUUGCCCCGCCCCGCGUGUCCGAAUGGCGCCGCCCUUGCCCGGCCGGUGGCCGCCCGCCCGCUGAGAGGAGGAGGAGGCGGAGGCGGAGGAGCCCUCCCGGCGCCGCGCAGCUGGGGCAGAGCUUGACCGCCGCGACCCUAAGACCGGAGGAGGAGGAGGCGCCGUGACGGGGAGGGGCUGUUCCAGGGAGCCUUCCCGAGUCCGGACCGGCCGGCGCGAGGGUGCCUGGGGCCCGAUCCCGGGAUCAGCAUCGGAGCUUCUGUGCCACCUGGGCCCUGACCAGCCCAGAGGGGAGGAGCGGCCUCCCUGCUGGGACAAAUGGCCCAGGCAGGGGAAGAUGCCUCUUCUUGCAGCUUGGGAACAUUAGAAUUGUCCCCAGGGAUUUAAGGUGUGGUACCCUUCGGCCAUGAAUCCUACGGGUUUCCGGCAGGGGAGCAGCAGCGAUGAAGAGCUGGUGGAGGUUGCAGAGGGAAUGCUGGAUUUCUCCAUGGCGGAUGACGUCCCUCCUCUGGACGGAGAGUCGGCAGAAGGUUUCUCCUCGUAUAGUGGAGGUGGGAUGAACGGGCCGAGGCAGGUGAUGGACUUUCUGCAGGAGCCACUCCCAGGUGUGGGAACCUACGAAGACUUCAACACCAUCGACUGGGUGCGCGAGAAGUCUCGGGACCGUGACCGGCACCGAGAGAUCGCCAAUAAGAGCAAGGAGUCCACCUGGGCCUUGGUGCGCAGCGUCAGUGACGCUUUCUCAGGAUGGCUGUUGAUGCUGCUCAUCGGCUUGUGGGCAGGGCUGCUGGCCGGCCUGAUUGACAUCACUGCCCACUGGAUGACGGACCUGAAGGAGGGGGUCUGCCUGCAAGGCUUCUGGUACAACCACGAGCACUGCUGCUGGAACUCGACUCACAUCACCUUCGAGAACAGGGACAAGUGCCCUGAGUGGAGGACCUGGGCGCAACUGCUGACUGGCAGAGAGGAAGGGGGAGCCCUGAGUUACGUCCUCAACUACUUCCUCUACAUCCUCUGGGCGGUGCUCUUCUCCUUCCUGGCUGUGUUGCUCGUCCGGGGCUUUGCUCCCUACGCCUGCGGCUCGGGGAUCCCAGAGAUCAAAACUAUUCUCAGUGGCUUCAUCAUCCGAGGCUACCUGGGUAAAUGGACGCUGCUCAUCAAGACCGUCACCCUGGUGCUGGCCGUUUCCUCGGGCCUGAGCCUGGGCAAGGAAGGUCCCCUGGUUCACGUGGCCUGCUGCUGCGGCAACAUCCUUUGCCACCUCUUCACCAAGUAUCGGAAGAAUGAGGCCAAGCGCCGGGAAGUCUUGUCGGCUGCUGCGGCCGCCGGCGUGUCAGUGGCCUUCGGGGCCCCCAUUGGAGGUGUCCUGUUCAGUCUGGAAGAGGUGAGCUACUACUUCCCACUAAAGACCCUCUGGCGCUCCUUCUUUGCUGCGCUGGUGGCAGCCUUCACCCUGCGCUCCAUCAACCCAUUUGGCAACAGCCGCCUGGUGCUCUUCUACGUGGAGUUCCACAGCCCCUGGCAUCUCCUGGAGCUGGUGCCUUUCAUCCUGCUGGGCAUCUUUGGGGGGCUCUGGGGGGCCUUCUUCAUCCGCAGCAACAUUGCCUGGUGCAGGCGGCGCAAGACCACCAAGCUGGGCCGGUACCCGGUACUGGAGGUGCUGGUGGUCACGGCCCUGACCGCCCUGCUAGCCUUUCCGAACAAGUACACCCGCAUGAGCACCAGCGAGCUGAUCUCGGAGCUCUUCAACGAUUGCAGCCUCCUGGACUCCUCCCAGCUCUGUGACUACCUCAGUGCCCCCAACAGCACCCAGGGGGAUGAUCUGCCUGACCGGGCUGCUGGGCCAGGCAUCCACAUAGCCUCAUGGCAGCUGAUGCUGGCUCUCCUGCUGAAGAUCUUCAUCACCAUCUUCACCUUCGGCAUGAAGGUGCCAUCGGGCCUCUUCAUCCCCAGCAUGGCGGUGGGGGCCAUUGCGGGCCGGUUACUGGGCGUGGGCAUGGAGCAGCUGGCCUAUCACCAUCCCGAUUGGCGGAUCUUCAAGGGUUGGUGCAGUCCUGGCGCAGACUGCAUCACGCCCGGCCUCUAUGCCAUGGUGGGGGCUGCCGCCUGCCUGGGCGGAGUGACCCGCAUGACCGUCUCCCUGGUGGUCAUCAUGUUUGAGCUCACGGGAGGGCUGGAGUACAUCGUGCCCCUGAUGGCAGCUGCCAUGACCAGCAAGUGGGUAGCCGAUGCCAUCGGCCGGGAGGGCAUCUAUGAUGCCCACAUCCGCCUGAAUGGCUACCCCUUUCUGGAGGCCAAGGAGGAGUUCAGCCACAAGACCCUGGCCAUGGAUGUCAUGCGGCCCCGGCGCAGCGGCCCCGCCUUGACCGUCCUCACGCAGGACAGCAUGACGGUGGAGGACGUGGAGACCAUCAUCGGCGAGACCACCUAUAGUGGCUAUCCUGUGGUGGUGUCCAGGGAGUCUCAGCGCCUGGUGGGCUUCGUCCUUAGACGAGACCUGGUCAUCUCCAUGGAAAGUGCCCGGAAGAAGCAAGAAGGGAUUGUCAGCAGCUCGGUUAUUUAUUUCACGGACCACUGCCCCCCGCUGCCGCCCUGCUCCCCCCCCAUUCUCAAGCUGCGGAGCCUUCUCGACCUCAGCCCCUUCACUGUGACAGACCAAACCCCCAUGGAAAUCGUGGUGGACAUUUUCCGAAAACUUGGGCUGCGACAGUGCCUGGUCACACACAAUGGGAAGUUGCUAGGGAUUAUUACCAAGAAGGACGUAUUGAAGCACAUGGCACAAAUGGCAAACCAGGAUCCAGACUCGAUCUUGUUCAACUGAAGCCCGGGAGGGGCCAGAGGCUUUCCUCUGCUCCACGGACGUUGGCCCGAGGGACCUGACCUUUGCCUCUUUUUACCGAGGAUCCAGAGCUGUCUUCAGGUUCUCCGUGUGGAGCAAGCGAUAAUCAUGUUUUAUUUUUUUUCUACAAGAUAACUAAUUGCACUAUAUAAUCUGUGGAAAGUAAUUUCCUCGGGAAGGAGAGCCUGAUUGUAGCCUUGUUGGGGAGCUGCGCUGGGAAGGAGGUUCCACGCCAGAGUAAAAGAAUCGAUCUAACUGA